UGUUAGAUCUUGCACAGAUCUUGGGUCUGUGCCACAGUCUCUGCUAGUUUGAAUAGCAAUCUGAUUUUCUUGCUUUAUAUCUGCCAUUUUCCUGCUGGAGUCGAGAGAGGGCGCGAUUCGUGACGUCAGUUUGUCACGUGACGUUAUCAUGGGUGAACUCAGCUAGGAUGUUCACAUUACGGAAUUUGUCAUCAAAUUCUAAGCCUUUCCAGAGCUGCAAGUGCAGAGGGUGCUGCGCUUUCUAGGAUUAAUUGGAUAAAGUCGUGACACUGUGAUAAAUCUUUUCAAAACUAGCCUGAACUAUGUCUGUAGACAGCAGUACAACCAAGCUUUAUUCUCAGUUAAGUGUGACUGUUGAAGGGUGUAAACUGAAUAGUGGUGGAGCCUUCUUCAAGCCUAGUCCGUUCACAGAGAUCAGUGUAGAUGGACAAACUCCUGUGAAAACGGACAUUGUUAAAAAGACAUGGACACCACCUUGGGAUGAAAACAUCACAGUUCUUGUCACACCAUACUCGAACAUAGACUUCAAGGUUCUUGACUACAAACAGUUGCGAGCCAACAUUCUUCUGGGCCACACCAGCCUAGCACUGCAUAAGAUUCUGCAGGAACACAAUGGUGUCGUGACUCACCUGAAGCUGGAUCUGGAGAUGUCAUCGACGGGCAAGGGGCAAGGCGGAGUGUUGACCGUGGUGCUUGAUGGCAUGAGAGUGAAUAUGGACCAGUUUCCAGUGCAGCCCACGCAGAACGGACCGGCUUCAGAGUCAGUGUCUGAACGCCUAACAGACUCUUCACCAGAGAGAGGCGCCGGCGCGCGGCCACGCAGCCAGUCAACACCACAGGCGGCAGCGGAGGCUGCUGCUGGAGGUAGCUCUAGGCGCAGAGCCCCACCGCCACCCCGCCCCGCCGCGCCACCUAGGGCAACCAAUGGUAGUUCUAACGCUGUCCUCGCGUCGUCUGCACAUGGACUGACUCCUCCUGCAGCUGCCUCGUCGGCGCGCACCGGCCCCACGUCGACCACCACCACCACCACCACCACCACCACCACGACCCCCACUCGACCCGCAAACUCUCCCCCGUACCCGGCGGCAGGGCAUGAGGCGGCCAUCCCGCAGCCGGGGGAUCCCGGCCAGACAGAUGAGGACCCGCUGCCUCCGGGGUGGGAGGUGAGGCACGACCAGUACGGCAGGAGGUACUAUGUCGACCACAGCACGCGCAGCACGACGUGGGAGAGGCCACAGCCGCUGCCUGAAGGCUGGAGAGCGACGCGACCAGCGCCGGCCGCAUAUUCACUUACGGUCGAUCACAAGCACGGGCGGAUCGACAAACAUGGCAGCCAAGAGAAAUGUAGAAGCCAGACGGCAGACAUUCGUGGAAGUGAUGGCUUUGGGCCAUUGCUUGAAGGCUGGGAAAAGAGAGUGGAAGCAAAUGGACGUGUAUACUAUGUGAAUCACAAAAACAGAACCACCCAGUGGGAGGAUCCGCGAACUCAAGGAGCUAUACAAGAAGAGCCCCUGCCGGAUGGUUGGGAAAUGAGAUUCACGCUGGAUGGAGUGCGAUAUUUUGUGGAUCACAACGGACGCCUCACCACAUUCCAGGAUCCCCGGCCGGGCGCUGCCAAAGGGCCAAAAGGAGUGUACGGUGUGCCAAUAGCAUACGAACGAAGCUUUAGGUGGAAACUUGGACAGUUCAGGUAUCUUUGCCAAGGUGCCAUUGCUUUCGCGCAGAUAAUGAGGUUCCAGCCGUACGACCUUCGCAGGAGACUCUACAUCAUAUUCCGCGGCGAGGAGGGACUUGAUUACGGAGGAGUCGCGAGCUCUGCGCUCGUCUGCUUGCAGCUGAUGCUGUGCGGCAUGCAGGACUUUGACAUCGACGACUGGCAGCGCAGCACCAUCUACCGUCACUACACGCGCACGAGCAAGCAGAUCGUCUGGUUCUGGCAGUACGUGCGCGAGCUCGACAACGAGAAGCGCGCGCGUCUGCUGCAGUUCGUCACCGGCACGUGCCGCGUGCCUGUCGGUGGAUUCGCCGAGCUUAUGGGAAGUAACGGCCCGCAGAAGUUCUGCAUCGAGAAGGUGGGGAAGGAGACGUGGCUUCCUCGCAGCCACACGUGCUUCAACCGCCUCGACCUGCCACCCUACAAGAGCUACGAGCAGCUGAAGGAGAAGCUCAACUUUGCGAUCGAGGAAACAGAGGGCUUCUAUCAGGAAUAGAGUGCAAAUAGUUGGUCUCUAACGAGUAAACGACGUGCAACAACGACGCACGUCAUUACAAAGCCCCGUGAUUGGGGAAUGUGUGGGGGGGGGGCGUUAUGGGAAAUGUGUGGUGGUCAUAGAGGGGGGGGGGGCAUUGUGUAUGCUGUUUCGACAUGGAGGUGUGGAACAUGAGUUGGGUGACUUGCUACUGGUUGUGACCCUAAGUGCUAAAGCAUCCUCAUCGUCCCUCAAUACCCCGUUCUGUACCUGGAUGUAUCUCGAUGCUAAUUACUUUCUACCACUCCUCAAUAUUGUCCUAUUGAAUACUAGUUUCCCACCCUCUGUCAUCAUUCCUGAGUAUCUUCUCCUGCCCCUCUAAACAUAUCUUAAUUCCACUUACUCUGCCUGACUCAACAUUUUCCCAAUGUCAUAUUUCCCAGCAUUCCUGCAUCAUCCUGCAGUAUCCUGUCCUGCCAGUCUAGACAUAUCUUAAUUCUUAAUGCUUUCAAUUGCCUUCAGUGUCAUUGGUGGCCCUCCUGCUAGGUCUGUAGUCCCCAGCAUACUCCCCUCGUUAGCCUGCACCCUAUGAUUUAACAUCAGUUCAGGUGUGAUAUGCUAUAUGACAUAUGCUACUUUCAGCAGUUUGAAUGUGUGACUAACGAAUAUAUACAUAUAUAUCCCCGUGAAGAAUUAUAUCAGAUCGAAUUUAUUGAUCGAAGAUCAGACGAUUUGCAAAUGCGAUCAAUAUAUCGUAGUUGUGGUAUUCAGAACGUGAGUAUAUAGUCAAUGUUGGCAGGCGCGAAGUACAGUCAAUGUAUUUUUGUCACGUUUACUCGUAAGCUUGUGCAGUGUUGCUCGCUACGUAAAACAGGUGGUUAUGGUGGAUGAAUAUAGUGGAUGAAUUACAAACAGAGAGGGGGAACCUCAAUCAUAACAAUGUGCAAACCAUAUUGUAGCUUCACUGGGUUCUGUUAACAAUAAUAGCUAGGAACCUGGGACUAGACGAAGAGAGAAGUAUGUAGGUAGGUAAUUGUAGUCAUUCAAUUCUUGUUUUUGCUCUCUUCCCUAUCUCAUCAGGCGAUGUGUUGAUUUAAACUGUGGAAGCCCUGUCAAAUCAUAAUAACAUAAUUUCAGAAUUAUUAUUCUUAAAUUAGUGCUCUACUGGAAAUCUGCCGUAUCUGUUGUUUUCUGAUAUACUCGGUUGUAUAUCACUAGUGUUGCUUGAUUUUGAGAUAAUCAUAGAGAAAUAAUUUUGCAACCAUGAGCUGCUUCGUAGAGCCUUUUAUCCUGUGUUAGUGAAUUCCUUCGAGAAACCAGUAUCAGGCUCUGUUGAAGUCGGUGUACACUCGUAUGUUUGUCGUUGCUUGCGUGAGAAAUGUGUAAAUUUUGUAAACAGCCACGAAGGAUGAAAGUAUGUAAGCGAGCAUGAAAGUGUGUGAGAGAGAGGGAGGGAGAGAGAUGGAGAGAUAGAGAGAUAGAGAGGGGGUGACUCAUUGAUAGACGACGGUUUACUCUUGGAGUAAAUAAGGCGAAUAUCGGUUUAGCACACCUCGGUUGUAUACGUUUUUUAAUCGCUUUGGCCUAGGUGAUAGGCGGCUGUUAAAAAUGUCUAGGCAGUGAUUUUAUUGAUUUAUAUAGGACAGCUAAAUUCUAAGAAGCCAAUAUUAUUUGUUCCAGACCUAUAGUAGACAAGCACGUAUACGCUGAAAAUUGUGGCCACCCGAUAUAAUGGAAGGCCCUGAAUUAGGGUUGAUGUUGAUUACUGUACAUGAUUUAUCUCCCCCUAAGAUGGAAUUGAAAAAUUAUGGGUUAUUGUUUGUGGAGUGAAAGCAUAUUUCAUCAUAACUGUGAUUUGUGCUAAUAGCAAUGGACAGUUGUAUGUAAUGGUAUGCAUCUAAAUUGAUAUGAAUAAAGUAUUUAUGAUCACUUAAA